GCAUGUGCCACUGCAAGGCGCCAAGGGGAAGAGGGACCAUAUCCUCCCGUUAUCGUCAUCUCCUUCACCUCCCGGAAUCCAAUUUCUAAGCUCUGCAAAGCUUCGGCUCCUUGCACAUCUCUUCUCUUCGGCUCCCUCUUCACAACCUCAAACAAAUUUAAACUGGCUUAAUUGAUUCCCUUCGUUUCUUCCCCCUUGUUCGUUCUCCCGCUCCGAGCACCGGCGAGCUUUAUCAACUCAACACCAUGGACGUCGCCGAAGUUCCAUGGCGUCGUCUUCCUCAGUUUUCCGUUUCUUCACGCGCCUCGUGGCUGGUUACUUCUGGGAUUCCUGUUUCUUCAUAUAUGUUCUCUCAUAUCGAGCGUGGAAAGAGGUUUAGGCUCACCUUGUGCUUUGGGGUCUCUCGUUCUCGUUCAAGGUCUGCUAUUCUAAGCGCACAAGAACAACCAGCUAGUCUUCGAAAAGGAUUAUGCGAGGUUGUUUGGAUCGUGGAAGCUGAUCUCGCACCUAAUGAACAUCUUUACGUUACUGGAGAACCUUCUGCUUUAGGUAGCUGGGAGCCAGACUGCGCAGUUUUGAUGUAUCCUACUGGAAAUGAUAAUGAAUGGGAAGCUAAAGUCAAGACUGCUUCUGGUGUAAAUUUCAGGUAUAAUUAUUUUUUUAAAGCUGAGUAUGGAUCUUCAUAUGAUGUUAUCUGGAGACCAGGGCCUCAGUUUUCGAUAUCAGUACCUUCUUCUGUCAAACGAGACAGAAAAGUGAUUAUAAGGGAUUCAUGGAUGAGUGUUUCCUCUGAAUCACAAGAAUCAUACGUAUGGGGUUCUUGGAUCGAUGAUGCUUACCUUUUACCAAAUCCUGUUACAUCAGCUCGAAGCGAAGAUGAAUGCACUUUCGCCGAUAAUGCUACGGAAGUCCCAAGACCGAUUUUGAAUGAUAAACAAUUAGAAGAUGAAUCUCUCCACUGUGAUGAGCUUGCAACUUUUUCUUCAGAGAGCUCAGACUUAAGUGCGUUGUUUUCUGACAAUUAUCAGCCUAUUGAGGAACCGUGGUUUCUUCAGGAAUGUAUUACCUUGCAACAUGCAAGGAAUAUGCAGACUGAUAGCGAACAAGUUGUUGAAAGCGUUGACGAAACUGAAAACAACUUAGAUGCUGAUGAACAAAAUCACCAGCUGACUAAGACUCUCUUACCUGAUGAUGAAUUUUUCCAACCAGUACGGAUUUCUACUACGAUACUGAUCAACUCUUCUAUAUGUACCGUGCAAAGGAUUGCUGUACUGGAAGGUGAGAAGCUGGUUGAGUUACUGUUGGAACCAGUUAAGACCAACGUGCAGUGUGAUAGUGUUUAUCUGGGCGUAGUCACUAAGUUUGUGCCUCAUAUGGGUGGUGCAUUUGUGAAUAUCGGAAGCUCGAGACAUUCUUUCAUGGACAUUAAGCCAAACAGGGAGCCAUUCAUAUUCCCUCCAUUCUGUGAUGGAUCAAAGAAGCAAGCAGCUGAUGGUUCUCGGUUCCUCUCUGUAAACGACAAUCCAGCUUCGCAUGAAAUCGAGCAUGCCUCCUAUGACUUUGAAGCCAGUAGUUUAUUAGACAUUGAUGCAAAUGACCCUGGGGAAUCUUUUCAUGAUGAUGACGAUGAUCAUGAAAAUGAUGAUUAUCAUGUCUCAGAUUCUGUAGAUGGACUAGUUAAUAGAGCUGUAGUGAACCAUGGCGACGUGGAAGGUGGUUCUGACAAAUGCAAUCAUGAAGAUGAGCUGCAUCUUGAAGUUGGAUCUGAGAAUGGCUUAGUUCCUCAGGAGAGAGAACACUCUGCAAAAAAUUCUAAAGGUGUGUCGUCUAGGGAUAACAAGUGGAUUCAAGUUCGAAAAGGCACCAAGAUAAUUGUGCAAGUUGUUAAAGAGGGUCUUGGUACGAAAGGUCCAACUCUUACUGCUUACCCGAAACUGAGAAGCAGAUUCUGGGUGUUAAUGACUCGUUGCAAACGAAUUGGAGUCUCAAAAAAGAUUUCGGGAGUUGAGAGAACCCGGUUAAAGGUUAUAGCAAAAACAUUGCAGCCUCAGGGUUUUGGCCUGACGGUGAGGACUGUAGCUGCUGGCCAUUCUCUAGAAGAUCUGCAGAAAGACUUAGAAGGUCUGCUUUUAACCUGGAAGAACAUUACAGAAGAAGCAAAAUCUGCAUCCCUUGCUGCAGAUGAAGGUGUGGAAGGAGCUAUUCCAGCGUUGCUACAUAGAGCAAUGGGUCAAACACUCUCAGUUGUGCAGGACUAUUUCAAUGACAAGGUUGAGAAGAUGGUGGUUGACUCUCCGAGGACAUACCAUGAGGUCACAAACUACCUGCAAGAUAUGGCACCUGAUCUUUGUGAUCGAGUGGAAUUGCAUGAUAGGGGUAUCCCUCUUUUUGAUUUAUACAGCAUUGAGGAGGAGAUAGAAGGUAUUCUUAGCAAAAGAGUUCCACUUCCCAAUGGAGGUUCUUUAGUGAUUGAACAAACUGAGGCAUUGGUCUCUAUUGAUGUGAACGGAGGACAUGGAAUGUUUGGUCAGGGUAAUUCACAGGAGAAAGCUAUUUUGGAAGUUAACCUUUCUGCUGCCAGACAAAUUGCAAGGGAGAUUCGGCUGCGAGAUAUAGGGGGUAUCAUUGUGGUAGAUUUCAUCGACAUGGAAGAUGAAUCAAAUAAGAGACUCGUUUAUGAAGAGGUUAAGAAAGCAGUGGAGAAAGAUAGGUCACUGGUAAAAGUAUCAGAGCUGUCUAGACAUGGACUCAUGGAAAUAACAAGAAAAAGGGUUCGACCGAGUGUAACAUUCAUGAUCAGUGAACCGUGUUCUUGCUGUCACGCAACUGGUAGAGUUGAGGCACUCGAGACUUCCUUUUCGAAAAUCGAACAAGAGAUUUGUCGGCAGCUCGCAAAGAUGGAUAAAAGAGAUGACCUUGAAAACCCAAAGUCUUGGCCAAGAUUCAUAUUGCGAGUGGAUAGUCAUAUGUCUAGCUUCUUGACUACAGGGAAGAGGACUCGGCUUGCGAUCCUAAGUAGCUCCCUGAAAGUAUGGAUUCUCUUAAAGGUUGCUAGACAUUUCACUAGAGGAACCUUUGAGGUUAAACCGUUCAUGGAUGAGAAAACUGUAAACGAAAGACAGCAUCAAGUUACUAUUUCACUGCUCAAGAAAGCUGACGCCAUAGCAGACUCCUCAGGGAAGAAGAAGCUCACUCUUAUUCCGAUUAAGAAGGAUAAGACCAGCGGUAAACAAAGAAGAUGAAACAUUUUUUCAAAAAGUUUGCAUUCACUUUUGAUAGUUGUCUUAAAUGAUACUGUUCAUUGUACCGAAUCGAUUUUGUGCAUCAAUAUCUUCUUCGCUCAGACAAACUAGUAGGGACAAAAGGGUUGUUCUAAAAGUCACAAGAUGAAACAACAGCUAAGGGAAAAUACAAAGCUAUUUCUACAAGGACAAAACUAGAAAGAAGUGGAACAAGGACAAAACUAGAAACAAGUGGAACAAGAUGGUUAACAAAAUCAACAAGAAAAGAGGAGAAUCUAAAGAGAGAUCAUGUAGCUGCAACGUUACAGGUCCCAACUCCAUCUUUGCAGUCGUUUGUGAGAUCAUUGAAUGUUUCAAUCUGCUUCUUCCCUCUCAAGAACACUUCUGUGUCAACAGAUGCUCUCAUGUAACCAUCAAACUCGACGGGGUUGCCUCCAUUAAGCUUUGUAGUCUCCGAAUACCACUCGCUACUCUCGUCCCACAGAUCUUUAUACUCGUCAAGAAAAUGAGUAGCGUACUUGUCUUUCAAAGGGUUAAAGAAAGAUGUCUCUGCUUCGUUCGUUGCGAUGUAGAGAUUCCUUCCUUCUUCUACUUUGUCCCGUAAGGUCGACAAGAGAGAGCUAGGAGAAGUAUCCUUUUCAAGAUUAGGCCAAAGCUCUGUGUUUCUUGCCUUCUCUCCUCUCUCAAUAUGUACUGCAUCGUAAUCCCAAUUCAACCUCGACGCAAUCGCAGUGACGAUCUCCAUCAACCUUCUUGAUUUCCAUAGCAGAUGCCACGGCCUCUGCACAACAGACUCUGUCUCUCCUUCGCAGACUCUGUACCAGUAAUUAUCUGGCUCUACUGAACCAAACUUCCUCAUUAUCAAGGUAUCUUUCACAACAGCAAGCUUCAUAGGCGUGACUCUAAAGUCCUCCACGAGGUGAAGACUCAACCUAUUCUUCUUCUUGUUAUGCAGUUUCCCCCACUCAGCCCAAAACUGAACUUCAUCCAACACAGAAGCAGCUUCUUUCAAAUGCUCGAAAUCAAAGUAAAACCUAAAGUCUUUCCCUUCCUCGUUCUGUCCAGAGGAGGUGUAGAUAGAAGAUAGACACAGAGUCAGAUCCAUCACCAAAGUCCGGUUUAGAUACUGAGCUUCACCAAGCGCACACAAGAAACUCCAGAGGAAAUGGUUCAUGCUCUUACACCUAUCUCCUCCACCUACAUAAACCAAGUACUUACCGCUCUUAAACGCCUUCUCUGACUCAACCAUAGGAAGAGAAUCAUUCACUGCUUCACCAACCACAGGCAAAGAGAAAUCGUCUCUCUUCCCAUCGGUUUUCUCAAACCCAGCUUUCUGAUUCCUCUUCCUCUUCCUCGCAUUCAAACCGGAAUGAUACUCUCCGAUCUCAACCACACUUAGACUACAAUUCUCAGACUUCUCAAUCGCAAAUCUCCUAUAAUCCUUGUAAAACGCAGCGCUCUUCCCAUCUUUAGGCCUGUAACGCCACGCCAUAUCGCAAGAACUCGCGCCUUCUCCAACCGCAGGCUUCCCGAAUUUGUAGAAAUGAAUGUCUUUGAACUUCUCAAUCGUAGCUUUCAUCAUGAGAUGGAAAACCUCAGAGUCUUUGCAAUCAAUGGGGAUGCUCGAAUCGCAAUCGAGCUGGUUCCCCUCGGCGUUCUCCUCGUUGGUCGUGGUUUCGACGUCGGUGAUGUUGAUAAACGCGGCGAACGCGGUUUGGUUAACCGCCAUGAAAUCCUCUCCGGUUUUCACGACGGAGUCGUCGGAUCUCAUCGUCGCGUUCGAUGUCGAUGUGAGGAAAGUCGUGAUUUUGUCGGAUGGGUGGAAGAGAGGGUCUUCUGGCUCGUAUGUAGCGGCGAUGAUGGUGAAGACUAGAACUCCGAAGACGAAGAGUGAGAACCCUAUGUUUCCGAUUAGGUUAAGUGCAUUUUGACCUAAGUUCUCAGGACGGAAACCUCCGGCUCUGGGAAUCGGGUAUCGGCCGAACAUUGCUUCUUCCGAUUCCAGAAGGUACAGAUCCGGGAAAUGGAGAGUGAGAAUAAGAGAGAUUUGAGGAGAAGAAAUGAGGAAUCGAACCGCUUGGUUAUGGCGGAGGGUCUUGAAGUGUGAGUGGCACUGUGUUUGCUGGCUAAGUCGAUGAAGAUCGAUUUGGAGCCAACAGCCACCGACAAUGGUAGAACUCUAGUUUAAUUGAAUGUAAAUAUAUACUAU